ACGCGCGCACAGCUAGCAAAUCCCUUCUGUAUUUCAGCCGCGUUUCAGUCCUCCGAGCGUACGAAAAUGUUUUUAAAAUAAGACCGCGCGAGAGCUUCACGACCUCAAAACUUUCAGACGACGUUUUCAGACGCGCUCUUCAAAUCAACAACAACAACAAAAAAAAAUACAAAUCAAAUUUACAACUGAGUUUUAAAUUUACUUUUUUCAAUUGGAAAUCUGAAAGGAACAUGUUGCAAAGUGAUUGGAAAUACUUGAAAUUGUGCGGCACAGUGAUUGUUUUUUGAAUGUUCGAAAAAAUGUGAUCGUGUGAAAUUUGUUAUUAAAAAAAAGUAUUAUAUAUACCAUCAGCAUCGUACAGCAAUCCACGCAGCGUAUAUACAUCUGCAUAAUACAUUCAUAAGCCAUGGCGUUCUGGAUUUUUAUGUUGUGUCUCAGCUACUGCUCACAUCCAGCUCUAAGUGCAGUACAGUCUACGGGCAGCGCCUCCAGCAACUCUUUGGCCGAUAGCGCGAGAGGACCUCACUUCGAUACGAGCGCAUCCAAGAAUGUUACGGCUCUUCUAGGAAAGACUGCUUACCUAAAUUGUCGCGUCAAAAAUUUGGCCAACAGAACAAUAUCUCUGCAGGUGUCCUGGGUGAGACAUAGGGACGUGCACCUGCUCACAGUGGGAAGGUACACGUACACCUCGGAUCAGAGGUUCAGGGCUAUCCAUCAGCCGCAUUCGGAGGAUUGGACUCUGCAGAUCAAGUAUCCGCAGCACAGGGACUCCGGCAUCUACGAAUGUCAGGUUUCUUCCACGCCGCAUCUGAGCCACUUCAUCCAUCUCACAGUCAUCGAGCCUGAUACCGAAAUCGUCGGUGGUCCCGAGUUGUUCAUCGAUCGUGGAAGCACCAUCAACCUCACCUGUGUGGUUCGGCACAGCCCUGAACCCCCGGCUUACAUCUUCUGGAACCACAACGACGCGAUAAUAAGCUAUUCCAGUUCCCGCGGGGGCGUCAGCGUGGCCACGGAAAGGGGUGAGACCAGCCGAAGUGUCCUGCUGAUCCAGAAGGCCAGACCCUCCGAUUCCGGCAAUUACCAAUGCAAUCCUUCUAACGCCAGACCUGCCAACGUCACAGUUCACGUUCUAAACGUUGCAAAUGUUAUAGGAGAGCACCCGGAGGCGAUGCAGCACGGAGGGAACCAACGCAUGGGUUCGACUGUAAAUGUAUUCGCUUUACUAACCAUCCUUCUGUUGAACUCUUACUGUUAGUCAACUCAACUGAACACAACUCCCCUACUGUACGAUUUAUUUACAACCAGUCCCAUUGUAAUAAUCUCUGUUAUCAUUGCUCUCUCUCCUCCACGUGUUUCGGUUUCGUUACCCCCAAGUGAAACGAUGAGGAUGAAGAUGAAGAAGACGAAGAGGAAGAAAGUAUAUUUAGUCGUUUGCUGAUGAUUCUACGUUUCUGUUUAUUGUACAUUUUUCGUUGUAUCCUUUAUGAAAAUGUCGACAAGGUAUUCUCGAAUGCUGUGUAAAAAAAAGAAGCGAAGGAAAGAAUGAAAGUCGUAAUACUACUAAAUACUAAUAAUAAAUAAUAAUCUAAAAAUUUAUUCACAUCAAAUAAUUCACACAAAUGAUUCACACUCUCUGUUAGGUAAAAAAAAAUGGAUUAUAAAAAAAAACAUGAUAUGAAUAUGAUAUUUAUUAACAGCAAUUACGUAUAUUGUGGAUGUGGCUAUUAUUGUUUGUACUACUUCUUAAUCUAAUUAGGAUUAACGGUAAUCUAGACGAGAAAACCCCGUCUCUUUCUCUAUCUCAAAAAUCACACUACUUAUCUCAUAAUUUGUAAAACAAAUUGUAUUACUUUCCUUAUGAUUUUCGAGAAAUAAACAAUGUGAACGUAAUUUUUUCUCCGUAUGUUUAAAAAAAUAAAACAGUUUUUCUCACAUAUACAAGAAUUAUAUAUAUAUAACAGAACACACACGCAUUUUAACCCAAAAACUCUAUGG